AGAGAGAGAUCAGCUGGCGUGGGGACGUGAUGACGUAACGCCUGUUUCCGUCUCCUGACGCUGAUCGUUGAGCUCUAACCAGAGGCAUCAGGAGUAACCCAGAAUUCUCCUGAACAUGGCUCUGAAUCGGAAUCAUUCGCAGAACGGCGGUGUUGUGGUAAACAACGGAGAACGCGUUAUAAGAGACUGCAAGAAUGUGGAACUGACAUUUAGUGACGUCACCUGUAAAACGGAUCUGCUGAGAGGGACCAAGAAGGGCACAGUUUUCCUGACACCAUACAGGCUGCUGUUUGUGUCCAGUAACACUAAGGACUCGCUGGGAUCAGCCAUGUUCCCUUAUUACCUGAUGAAGGGCUGCAGCAUUCAGCAGCCAGUGUUUGGAGCCAACUACAUAAAAGGGACGGUGAUGGCUGAACCAGGUGGUGGCUGGGAGGGUCAGGCUUCUUUCAAAAUGACAUUUACAAGUGGGGGGGCCAUUGAGGUGGGACAACACCUCUUCAAACUGGCCUCAAAUGCUUCUCGUUCAACUCCGGCCCAGAACGGUGCUCCCUCUUACGGUUACCCCUCUCCGAUGAUGGUGAACGGUUAUGGUCCACCCCCACCUGCUCCUAAUGGCUACCCAUACCCACCUCCUCCCCAACAGAAUGGAUUCUACCAGGGUUCGGCUCCUCCUGCUGGCAAUAUGGGUUACCCCUAUCCACCACCACCAGCAGCAGCAGGAAUGUACCCUUCUGGGCUGGACUACAUGGCCCCGCCCCCUCCCUACCCUGGGCCACCUCAGACCUGGGCUCCACCCACUCAGGACUGGGCUGCUUCGACCCCUCCAAUUCCUCCAGGUAACUCAAAGGCUGCUGAAGCAGCAAGCAGCGCCUACUGCAACCCCAGCAGCCCACACAGCGUCUACAUGCCGGCGGAGCGACCUCCACCUUACGCACCAAACCCAGAUUUCCCAGACAAAAAGAACAACUAAGACUCAGGAAGCAGCGCCUCACUGAAACCAUUCCUAUUUUCUCCCCAAGUUUAUUCUAACAUAAGGAGUUCUUUUCGUGGAUGUCUGCUCGGUUCUAAAACAGGAAAUGACACGGGUCUCUAAAACUAUGUUUUCACACGGCUCGUGGUCAUUUCCAACUAAUUAUAACUCUUAACUCUAGUUUUUCUAAAAACACUUUAUUAUUAACAUUCUGAGAAAUGCGACGCAUCAUUUUCUGAUUCUCUGAUGCAGAAAAACCAUAAAAUCUAAAGAGAAAGCGAGCAGCAGCAGAGUAUUUUUCCAGAAAGGAUUUCUUACAGAACAUGUAGUGUUUGCUGUUAUUAAGAGAACAGUUAAGUGUUCAAAUAUCAGUAGCAUUAAAGAAACGUAACGUGUGUCUUUUAGUUUUUAUUCCGAUACAAAAGCACAUCUGGGUUUAAUAAUAAUCAGAAACAUGAGCUAAAAGGUGUUUUCUCAUCUUUAUGAUUCCUAUCAGUCGGUUUGUUGUGAAAACUAAAGUUUAGAAUCAUGUUUUCUGUAUAAAGAACUUGGUUAGCUUUGAUGCUUUUAGCUCCUGGUGUGUUUAUGUAAACAAAGCCGAGCUGAAACCUGUAAUCUGAUUACUCUAGUGUGGAGUUUCAGGGCCCGACUGGGUUCUGCUCACUGUGAGAGCUCAUCUGAUGGAUUAUUCACACGUAGAAGGAAGUCGUAGACAGAAGAGGCUGGAGCCGAUUUACUCAGAUGUCUAUAUAUUAAUUACCUUUUGUUGCGUUUCUUAUUGUUUUGGCAGAAUUUGUCUUGAUUAAAAUCUAAUAAAGUCGUUAAUAGAAGUUUA